AACAGUGUGAUGAAGUGAAGUGACGUGGAGUACUACGAACAUGGCAAGCGGACGUCUGCUAAAAACUUCCUAAACUAUGAGAAGAGUUGUGACUACAUAAUUGGAUAUGUUACGUUAGCGCUCCUUAUAGCGGAUACCUCACAAUUUCAGACUCAACGUUGGUGAAACAAGUUUUUCAUGCAAGAAUUAACAACAGCGCGCGCCGGCUAGCGCAUUAGCUAACAGGAACAGCCUCUGCUGUAAGGAUAGCUAACCAACGUCAGCGUCAUGCAAGUCAAAUAAUGUUUUAUCACCGGAGCCAGACCAUGAAGAGCACCAAGAGGGACUUUACCAACCGACGUUGACGUGUUAUAUUUUACAGAAACCACAGCAAUAGGUAUUUUUAUUAUUAUUAGCCCGUCGGCGUAACAUUAGCAGGUAAAUACAGCAGCGAACUGUCAAAAUGAGCUCUCUGCUCCGAGGUGAAGAGAUGUGUCUGGCCCAACUGUUUCUACAGUCCGGGUCAGCAUACGACUGCAUCAGUGAACUCGGAGAGCUGGGGCUUGUGGAGUUCAGAGACCUCAACCCCAGUGUCAACGCAUUUCAGAGGAAACAUGUCAAUGAAAUCAAAAAAUGUGAAGAGAUGGAGAGGAUCCUUGGAUAUCUUCUGAGGGAAGUCAAGAAAGCAGACAUUUCACUGCCAGAAAGAGACGUGAAUCCGGUGGCUCCUUUGCCCAAGCAUGUCAUGGCUAUAAUGGAGCAGCUGCAGAGGCUAGAAGUGGAGCUAGGUGAAGUCACCAGGAAUAAAGAGAAGCUGCAGAGGAAUCUGCUGGAGCUGACUGAGUACACUCACAUGCUGCGGAUCACCCGCAGUUUUGUACAGAGAACGGCGGAGCGAGAGCCACUUCAAGUCCAGUAUGAGGAGUUUCCCUUCCUAGAAAAAGACACGAUGAUGGACUACAGCAGCAUGCAAAGGCUCGGCGCCAAACUGGGUUUCAUUUCUGGGCUCAUUAAGAGGACGAAGAUCGAGGCUUUUGAGCGGAUGCUUUGGAGAGUGUGUAAAGGCUACACCAUCCUCAGCUACGCCGAGGUGGAGGAGUAUUUGGAAGAUCCUGACACGGGUGAGCCGACCAAAAGUGUGGUGUUCCUGAUCUCAUACUGGGGAGACCAAAUAGGUCAAAAAGUUAAGAAGAUCUGUGACUGCUACCACUGUCACUUGUAUCCCUACCCCAGCAGCAAUGAGGAGAGGAAUGAUGUUGUGGAGGGACUAAAAACCCGCAUUCAGGAUCUGCACACAGUUCUUCAUAGGACAGAGGACUACCUGAAACAGGUCUUGAUUAAGGCCUCUGAAUCCGUCUACACCUGGGUCAUCCAGGUCAAGAAGAUGAAGGCCAUCUACUAUAUUCUGAACCUGUGUAGUUUUGAUGUUACGAACAAGUGUCUGAUCGCAGAAGUGUGGUGUCCUGUUAAUGAUAUUCCCACGCUGCGGAGGGCGCUGGAGGAAGGAUCGAGAAAAAGCGGAGCAACAGUUCCAUCCUUUGUCAAUCGAAUCCCCACCACUGACACUCCCCCCACCCUGAUAAGGACCAACAAAUUUACCUCUGGUUUCCAGAACAUUGUGGACGCCUAUGGAGUGGGCAGUUACAGAGAGGUUAACCCUGCUCCUUUCACAAUCAUCACAUUUCCGUUCCUGUUUGCUGUGAUGUUCGGGGACCUGGGUCAUGGCGCUAUCAUGGCUGUGUUUGCUCUCUGGAUGGUGCUGUACGAGAACAACCGUAAACUUAAAAACACCAGAAAUGAGAUCUGGAACACAUUCUUUGAGGGGCGUUAUAUCAUCCUGAUGAUGGGCCUGUUUUCCAUCUACACUGGCUUGAUAUACAAUGACUGUUUUUCAAAGUCCCUUAACAUCUUUGGUUCUGGAUGGAGUGUGAAGGCCAUGUUUAAAGAGAGGCAUUGGAAGGAAGAUGAUCUCCAUGGGAAUAGUUUUCUCACUCUGGAUCCAAAUGUUACGGGAGUUUUCAACGGACCGUACCCUCUGGGAAUUGACCCAAUUUGGAACUUAGCAACAAACCGCCUUACAUUUCUGAACUCCUAUAAGAUGAAGAUGUCAGUGAUAGUGGGCAUCAUACACAUGAGCUUUGGAGUCAUCCUCAGCACUUAUAAUCACUUGCACUUUAGAAAGGAGUACAACCUGUACUUGGUUUUCCUCCCUGAGCUCCUGUUCCUGCUGUGUCUGUUUGGCUACCUGGUGUUCAUGAUAUUCUACAAGUGGCUGGCCUUCACUGCUAAGGACUCCACAGAAGCUCCGAGCAUCCUCAUCCACUUCAUAAACAUGUUCCUCAUUCAGGGUGAUCCAGUGCAGCCCCUCUACCCAGGACAGAGUGGCCUGCAGGUGUUUCUAGUGGUAAUUGCUGUUCUCUCAGUGCCUGUGUUACUCCUGGGGAAACCCAUUUACCUUUAUUGGCUUCACAAUGGAGGCCAACGCCUAGGAAUGUACAGGGGAUAUGAACGUGUGCGGCGUAACAGUGAAGAGGAGCUUUACCUGAUGAGGGCUCAUGAUAUGGAGGAGGGCAGCAGUCACAGUGAUCUCUCCUGUAGUGGAGAGCACCAGACAGCGGAGUUUGACUUUGCAGAUGAGUUCUUGCAUCAGGCCAUCCACACUAUAGAGUAUUGCCUGGGUUGCGUCUCCAACACAGCCUCCUACCUAAGGCUCUGGGCUCUGAGCCUGGCACAUGCACAGCUAUCAGAGGUGCUGUGGACCAUGGUGAUGCGAGUAGGACUACGAAUAAAUACCCAACUUGGGGUUUUAUUCCUGGUGCCUGUCUUUGGCCUGUUUGCCGUCCUCACUGUGUCCAUCCUCUUGGUAAUGGAGGGUCUUUCUGCAUUCCUUCAUGCCCUCCGGCUGCACUGGGUGGAGUUUCAGAAUAAAUUCUACAGUGGGAGCGGAGUCAAGUUUUGCCCCUUUUCCUUCUCUCUCCUGCCCUCCAGUUUUGAGCACGAAGGCCUACUGUGAAGAGACUAUCUGGUAACACUGUUCUGUGGUAAACGGAGCCAAAAGAAGCCAGCAGGGUCCCAUACUUGCAAAGGCAUAUUCCAGAGAAGUCAUGAGGGGAUUUUGAUUUGUCUUGUCAUCUUCAUCAAAUUAGUUCAUUUCAGGAAACUCUAUGGAUAGCAUCACAAACUUUGGAUUAAAACAUGCUGCCUUUCCAACAAUUUCAAGAACACAGACAGUACAGAAUGUGCUGUUGAGAAAUGUUUUCUUCUUGCACAUUUAUCUAACACAGGGUAAUUAUUACCAGGAUCAGUUUGCUUCAUUGCAGAACAUUUUGUGAGGUUGAAGUGAGAGGCUCAAAUUUGAAAUGUUACUCGUAUGCUAAAACCUUCAAUUUUCUACAGAGGCAUUAUGGGAAACAGUUGUUGAUAUCACUUGUGUGGAAAACCACAUCCGCCAAACUUAGAAUAGAUAAGUAAAAAAGCUAAUGUACUAAGAUAAGUGUGAGACAUACACUGUUUAUAAAGAUGGACAACAUGUCUCCACUUACCCCACUUUACAAAAAUGAAGCCAAAGUUCUGGUGUCAGAAUCUGCACAGUGGUGAUCUCCAGUGGUGUUGAGUUCCUGCCCAAACACCUGUUCGACCAACCAUGAGCAGCACCAUUGAUCACAAGCACACUGAUUGGCACACACAGCUGUCAUUCAUGAAGUCAAACCCCAUUUCUGCAGUUUCAAAUGACUAAUUAAAACCAAACUGAUAAGAAAAAUGAACACUGAACAUACACCAGUGUGAUAAGAACUACCUGAAAUGACAGAAAACAUCUUUGGGGAAAAAUUUAUUUGACCUUUUUUUAUGACCUAUACUGCAGUCAGCCACCAGGGUGCAAUGGAGAUGUUUUGGCUUCACCUCUGGGAUGCUGUCAUGUCGUCCAUCUUUAUUAUACGGUCUAUGGUAUAAGGUAACAGUAGUAAGCAAAUAGAUGGCUCAUUAAAUAGAUCAAAGAUAAAAUAAUAUCCACCUUUUUCUUUGGGAAAAAUGAUUUCUAUUUCCUUCAAUUUCAUCUCUUUGGCAGAUCUGGUUUCCACACACUGGGUAGUGAGCCACCUCUCAGUAACGUAGUUAUUGCCCCACUUUUUGUUGCACUGACUUGCCUUACUAAAGUACAACCAAAUGACAACAUACUGUAUCAUUUAUCCCCCUUGUGUUCUUACUUCGUGCUACCAAAACACUACGAAGGAUCUUUGACUUGUCAGUAUUGAAAAGUGCUUGGGCAGUUGUGUGAUAAGAUGUAUAUACUUUUACAGAAUUAUUUUUUAAUUUAUUAUAUUUUAAAAUUUAUCAGCAUUAAAGAUGAAUGUUGACAGGAUGUGAUUUUUACUUUUGUGCAUUCACAGUGUUGCCUAUGCGUCUACCACUUACUGUUCAAUUUAACAUUCCACACAUUUGUUGACUCAGCUUUGCUGGUCCAGAGCCUUUACUUUGAGAAAUUUGAGAUCCAUAUUCAACGCAGUGGCUUGGCUGUAUUAAAUCUUACUGGGAGAACAUUGAAUUGUGUACUAAUAUCACGUAUUAGUAGAAUUUGCUAAUUUUGUUGUUAAAAUUGGUUUUGGGAUUUUUUUGCUAAGGGAAGGAGACGUUAUUGUCAUCAUUGUUGCAAUAUUGAGAUUGCAGUAUUCACUGGAAACACAGUUUACUACAGUAAAAUACUGCCACACAUUUUUGAAAGUUUGGACCUUGUGUGUGUUAAGUUUUAACUGUGGAACAAUAUGAUAUCAAAUCUUAAUGACACAGGUGACAGUCACUGUUUUAUUGGGACGAGUGAUGUUUGAUAAGUAAUUAUUCACCUGAAAUUAACAUUAAAUUGGAAUAGGGGUUGGUUGAAGGAGUAUUGUAAAUUAUUCUAAUGUAGCCCCAAUCUUGCUAUUCAUUUUAAUAUUUCAUUGACAAACACUCCAUGUUUUAAUUCUUUUGAGAAAAUCAUCCUCUUGUCAAUAAUAAAUUGUAUUUGUUUUGAGUUUUUUUUCCCGUCAAAGCCCAUAACUGCAUUCUUUAUUGUGUCUGGGUAAAGAAAUGCUUAAUGGAAUAACAUCAACACAUUUGUCCCUCUUCUGGUACCAGCAUUUUAUAUAUGUUUUAGGGCCAGAAUGUGAAGCAGCUGUUUUUAUUUUAAAAUACAAUCUGUAAUUUUGUCAAGAAACCUUUGUGCUUCUUUUUAAGCAUUACUUUAAUUGAGAUAUGUAUUAAAUACACACACACACACACUCCAAAUGUAAGGCUUGGUGCCAUACACUGGAGAGGGAUUGUUAGAAAAGACACUUUGUAUCAUUUUUUUUUAAUCAAAUUCAAUCAGUUGUCUGAACCAGUAACUCCUCUGUUUGUACAUUUCUUAUUCCUUGAUACAGUAUGUCAAUUAAACCUGCUA